UUUUUCUGAGAGGCCAUCAGCCUGAAUAUCACGCGGUAUCGAUCUUAGUGGAAAAAUACAUUAUUUGUAAACCAAGCGAGUCGUUUUGACUGCCACACUGCUAUUUAUAACGAUACCGUAGUACUUGAAAGUGGUUAAGCUAUAUGGAUGGUAUCGUAUGAAUAAAAUGUUAAUAAUGGAUUCAUAGGCUGAUAGAGUCAUAUUAACAGGACUUAUUUACAGGAGAAUCUAGUGUUAAAGCAGGACGUAAAAUCAAUUCCCAUCCGACGCUCUAACAAGAUGGAAGUGGUACACAAGGCCCUGUCUGUCUUUGACCGGCAGCAGAAGAUCCGCCUGCUGCCCUUCGUGGUCACCACAGUCUUCUUCCUGCUGCAGCCCUACGAGCCGGGAACCUUUCUUGGAACCAUAUUCAAGGUACUUCCGGUUCUGGCGCUCAUUGGCUACGUGGUGGUCACACGGGCUCAGUUUCCCCGGAAGACGCGGGCCAUUAACCAGGAGACGCUGUGUCCAGAGGACGCCUAUAGUUUUCUCAUUCUGGCCGGACUAUGUAUGUCGUUCCUAGCCGACAUUUUCGUCUGCAUCCCAUAUCUUAUGUUCGUUGGCGGACUAGGGUACAUGGUCAUAUAUCUGUGCUACUUCAUGGCGAUAGAGGUGGACGGGCGACACCGGGGCUGGUCGAGCAGCGUAACGUGGCUUUACGGACUCCUGUACGUGAACACGUUCCUCUGUCUCCGGGGCACGACAGAUGCCAUUGGUAUGGAACUCUUCUUCCUCGUGUACCUCGUGCCCCUAUUCCUGGUGGGCUGGAAGGCAACUUCCGCCCUAGAAGAGAACCCGAGCGACCGUGCAGUGUUCAUGGGAUUUGUGGGCGCCUCACUGUUCAUUGUGAGCGACUGUCUAACCAUUUCCCAUCACAUGGGCUACCCGGUCCCCUUCGCAGAGUUCUUCUACAUGCUUUCGUAUUACUGCGCCCAGUGCGGAUGGGCACUCAGCACCUCGAACUUCAAAUGAAGCAAAUAAUUUAUCCUCUCGCUUUCGACACCUUCCAAAAGAGACCGUAGUAGGUCAAUCAAUGUAUGUUGUCAUUUCGUUCACAUGUACACGAUCUCCUUAUAACUCGCAGCCAUAAAGUAGCUUUAAAUAGAUGUAUGUAUAUGCAUAAUUGACUGUACCGAUUUUACCAAAUCUUAUAUGCAUGGCACUAACUGUUUAUGUUGAUUGAAUUUAACAUAUUUGAAAUCAUUAUCCAGUUACUUAUUGCUGCAAAUUAAUGCGUCUGAUUUAGCGAUAUUGUAUCAAGUUAUGCGUGUUUUGUUAAUUGUUUAUGGUUGAGUCCCAUCUUUCUCAUAUGAUUAUGUAUUGAUAUUGGUAUUAUGAUUUAAUAUUGUAUCAAAUAGUUUUAUUCUUUCGAAAUUACUUGUUAAAUAAAUACAACUGUUUUCUAAGUAUC